UUCCGGUUCAGAGUCUCUCAAAGGGAUGCAGACAAGUCAGGGCUGCAAUCCUUUGACAGCCCAAAUGGGGAGGCAUCGAUUUCCACCAGGGAUCCCUGUUGGCUAUGGGCUGGAGUCUUCGUUCCUUGCCACAUGGGCCUCUCCAUAGGCGGAGUGCUUGACUGUCCUCACAACGUGACAGCUGUCUUCUCCCAAGUUUCCAGAUGAAGCUGAUGUUGCUGUCGUACACUUUGAGAACCAAUCUUAGAAGAGUUUGACUCUUAUUAUAUACUGGAAUUCAGCUGUGACUGGGGCGUAAGGGGAGGAAUGAAAAUUGGCAGAAGGAAAGGACAGAUACCACUAGCUCCCCUCUUCUCAAAGCGUCCUGACGGCGUUGCGUGGACAACGUGCACCUACGUUCAAAGCACGCAAAGAACGGUCCUCGGAGGCCAUCGCGUGCUGCGCAGGCGCAAGCGGCAAGGCGCUGGAGCGGCGGUCAUGGAGCCCGUCAACCCGGUGGGAAGAGGUUAAGGUGGAUUUCCUGGGCUAUGCAUAGUGGACUAUACAUAUACUAAUGAAGAUAACAGGGAAAGAAUAUAAAGUCUAGCUGUAGUCCUAGAAGAGAAACCUAAACUCUACAGAUCUGUAAUUGAAGAUGUAAUUGAAGGAGUGCGGGAUCUGUUUGCUGAAGAAGGUAUAGAGGAACAAGUCUUAAAAGACUUGAAGCAGCUCUGGGAAACAAAGGUUUUGCAGUCUAAAGCAACAGAAGACUUCUUCAGAAAUGGUGUCCAUUUGCCUUUGUUCACCCUUCAGUUGCCACACAGCUUGCACCAAACAUUGCAAUCAUCAACAGCAUCGUUACUUAUUCCUGCUGGUAAAACUCUUCCCACUUUUACCACAGCAGAACUGGGCACCUCAAACUCCAGUGCAAACUUUACUUUUCCUGGUUAUCCUGUUCAUGUACCAGCAGGUGUGACAUUACAGACGGCAUCUGGUUACCUUUAUAAAGUUAAUGUACCAAUUAUGGUGACACAGACUUCUGGAAGAGCAGGUAUUCUUCAGCAUCCGUUUCAGCAAGUAUUUCAGCAGCUUGGGCAGCCUUCAAUAAUACAGACCAGUAUUCCACAAUUAAACCCGUGGUGUCUUCAAGUAACUACUGAAAAAUCACAGAGAAUGGAAACUGUGCUCCAACAACCUGUAGUUCUUCGUUCUGGGACAGUGGAUAGGAAACGUUUAGAAAAUGCUACUGGUGAUACUCUUUUACAUCCUGGAAAUCAGCAUAAAAUCAUGUCUGAAGCUUUACUGAGUCAGCCGGAAAACUCUCAGUAUAUCAGCCUUUCAGGUGUUGUAUUUCCUUCACAGCUCUCUCAAAUGGAUUCUAAUGUGGAGCCAGUGCUCGGUGUUUCCGCUAGCAUGACUCAAAAUCUGCAUGGUGGGCCCCUGUCCACAGGCCCUCCGGGGGCUCAGCACCAGCAUACGCCUGAUGUUCAGCUUCGUGUCCUUAAAGAUAGGAUGUGUGGAUGGGAUUCUGUAAAGCAGCCGAGAAAUACAGAGGAGCCCAGCAGCCUACCUGUCUCAAAGAAGGAUUCUAAUUCUCAGAUGGAUUUAAGCCUUCAGGUAACUGAUGAUGAUAUUAACGAGAUAAUUCAAAUAGAUGGAACUGGAGAUACAGCUUCCAGUGAUGAAAUAGGAAGUACGAGAGAUGUAGAUGAGAACAAAUUUCUAGGGAUUACUGAUGCGGGAGACCUGAAGGUAUUUGAAGAAGCCAGCAGUAUAUCAAAUGAAGAUUCAAUGGCCAACAGUAGUGAUAAUGAAGACCCUCAAGUAGACCUUGUGGAAGAGGACCCUUUAAAUUCUGGGGAUGAUGUUAGUGAGCAGGAUGUGCCGGACCUGUUUGACACAGAUAAUGUAAUUGUCUGUCAGUAUGAAAAGAUUCAUCGAAGCAAGAACAAAUGGAAAUUCUAUUUGAAAGAUGGUAUUAUGUGUUUUGGAGGGAGAGACUAUGUAUUUGCAAAAGCCGUUGGUGAUGCAGAGUGGUAAAACUGAUGAGCUCAGCACAUCAUUAAGAUCAGUGGGACUAUAUCACAUGUUGUUCACUGCAUGGAAUUGAAUAAAAUUA